CAAAAGCACAAACAAGACACUCCCAAUCAGUUUCUUGUAUUAAACAAGUUGCCAUUAAACAAAUUGAAAAGAAAAAUAAAACACACAUAUAUAUUCAUCAAACAAAACAAAACCAAACCAGACCAAUCAUUGCUUAUAGGUGUUUUUUUGUUGAGUUUUGUUCUUGAGUAUAUUGAGAGCAAUGCCUUUAAGACCAAGUAGUACUAGAAAGGAUGUUGAAGUGAGGAAGAAAGGGUACAAAACUUUAGUAUUAGAUGGUGAAGAAGCAAGAAGGAGAAGAGAAGACAAUUUGGUGGUGAUAAGGAAAUCCAAAAGAGAAGACAGUCUCCUCAAGAAAAGGAAGGAUGGGUUCUUUGUUAUCAAUCACAGUUUGUAUCAAAAGCAUUCAAAUGUAAGAAUUCAUUGGCUCCUUUUUCUUUAUCGAUUGGAAUGUGUUCCAUUGAUGGUAAAAGGAGUAUCAUCAGAUAAUCCUGCAUUGCAAUUGGAAGCAACCACUCUCUUUCGAAAACUAUUAUCCGUUGAGCCAUGCCCUCCCAUCGAGCAGGUAAUCGAAGCAGGCAUUGUUCCUCGAUUAGUGGAGUUUCUUGACAAUCAUGAUCAGCCUCAAUUGCAGUUUGAGGCAGCAUGGGCAUUGACUAAUAUUGCAUCUGGUACAUCGGAGCACACACAUGUUGUUAUUCAAAAUGGUGCUGUGCCCAAAUUUGUGCAACUUCUUUGCUCUUCAAUUGCUGAUGUUCGAGAGCAGGCUGUUUGGGCAUUAGGUAACAUUGCUGGUGAUUCACCAAAAUCUAGAGAUAUAGUUCUUAAUCAUGGUGGGCUAAUACCACUACUGGGACAAUUGAAUCAACAUUCCAAAUUAUCUCUCCUACGGAAUGCCACUUGGGCUUUACUAAACUUCUGCCGAGGCAAGCCACCAGCACCUUUCCACCAGGUUAAGCCUGCAUUGCAAGUGUUGCACCGCCUGAUUGAAUCGAGUGACGAAGAAAUUCUGACCGAUGCUUGUUGGGCGCUUUCUUAUAUUUCCGACGGUAUGAGCGAAAAGAUUCAGGCCGUGAUCGAGGCGGGCAUAUGUCCACGACUCGUGGAGCUUCUUCAUCAUCCUUCAGAAGCUGUUGUUGUCCCUGCACUUCGGACCAUAGGGAACAUUGUUACCGGUGAUGAUUCUCAGACUCAGGUUGUAAUUGACAAUGAAGGUCUACCUUGUCUCUACAAUUUUGUGUCCCAAAAUUACAAAAGGAUUAUCAAGAAAGAGGCUUGUUGGACAAUUUCAAAUAUUACAGCUGGGAAUAGAAACCAAAUACAGGCUGUCAUUGAAGCAAACAUAAUUAGUCCACUUGUUCACCUCCUUCAACAUGCUGAACUUGAAAUCAAGAAAGAAGCUGCUUGGGCUAUUUUCAAUGCUAUCUCCAUAGGCUCCCAUGAACAGAUUCAAUACUUAGUGAAACAAGGUUGUAUGAAGCCACUUUGUGAUCUAUUGGCCUGCUCCGAUCCAAGGAUUGUGACAUUAUGUCUUGAGGGUCUUGAUAAUAUUCUAAAGAUUGGUGAGACAGAUACAACAUUAAGUAACAAUGGUAGUGGGGUAAAUAUAUACACUGAAAUGAUUGAAGAAUGUGAUGGUUUGGAGAAAAUUGAGAAUCUACAAAGCCAUGAAAACAAUGAGAUCUACAACAAGGCAGUACAAAUGUUAGAGAGGUAUUGGUUGGAGGAAAAAGAAGAGGAAGAGGAAGAGGAAGAUCACUUUGGUGAUUCACAAUUUUCUUAUGGAAUUAACACUGCCUCUAUUUGGAGAUUUAAAUUUUAGUUGCAACAUUUUUUUUUUUUUGAAUAAAGAUAGUUUGUGAAGUUAUGUAUAGAAGAAAAUAACAAUGAGGCAUAAGAAAUUUUUUUGUGAGAA